UUGAACAGCCGUGGUUGCCUCUCUCUCCCCCCACCCUGAUCAGCAAGUACCACAGCUCCCAGCGUCAUCCGAGGAGCCGCUACAAGAGGCAGGGCCGGGACAGACGCUGUCCAGAGGUACCAUCCACAUCUCCAUGCGCCGAUGUUGCACUGAUCCUCGCCGCUCUGGUCCGGAUCCCGGGCUGACUGUUCAAACUCCUCCCGAGAUCGCACGAAGCCUUGGUGCCCCCGACCCCGUGGAGACCGGGCAGGAUUUAAGGCGGGGGUUGAGUGCUCUGGGAGCGGCUCGGUGUGAUCAGUUGUCUGGGCGCCGGCUCGCCCCAUCCAGGAUGUCGCGGCUGGAAGGUGCCUGAGACCAGAUUAUUCGGUGUGUCUACAAAGGGGGGUGGGGGCUGCAGGGAGAGCGGCCGGAGCCCAGGACACCCCCCCAGUCGUUGUCAGAAUAAUCCGGACCCCGCUGGUGCGGGGGAGCGGAGCGCAGAGUGAGCGAGAGGUCCGGCGGCACGGUCCGAUCCCACCGCAGGCACGGCCCCGGAGCACAGAUGCAUUUUCGACUCUUUUCUCUGGCCCUGCUUCUUGUGAACUGCAUGGAUUAUGGGUACGGCCUGAAGCAGCGGGGCAAGCGGAGCAGGAGAGCAAACGCAGGACUGUACCCAAUCUGUAAGGGCUGUCUCCUUUGUUCGAAGGAUAAUGGAUGCCUUAGCUGCCAGCAGAAGCUGUUCUUUUACCUCCGACGACAGGGAAUGCGUCAGUUUGGUGAAUGCCUCCACUCCUGCCCCUCGGGGUACUAUGGUCUGCGGGCGCCCGAGAUGAACAGAUGUGCAAGAUGUAAAAUAGAUAAUUGUGACACAUGUUUCAGCAAAGACUUUUGUACAAAGUGCAAAGCUGGUUCAUACUUACACAAGGGGCGUUGCUUUGAAGAAUGCCCUGAAGCAUAUGUACCAUUGCAAGAGCACAUGGAAUGUGUGGAGGGUUGUCAGGUCGGACCGUGGAGCAGCUGGGAAACUUGUAUAAAGAAUGGCAAAACAUGCGGCUACAAGUGGGGGCUGGAAACCAGGAGACGGCAGAUCGUGAAGAAGCCAGCGAGGGACACGAUUCCCUGUCCAACCAUCGCAGAAUCCAGGAGAUGUAAAAUGGAAAAGCGGCACUGUCCAGGAGAGAAAAAGCAGAGAGCAAAAGCGAAGGGAGCAGACAAGAAGAAGAAGAAGAGAGCUCGUGCUAAGGAACGCAAGCAAUUUGUGGCGCUGCAAACAACAGAGAGCACAGACCUAUAAAACAUUAAUCCACAACAUUCAUCAAGCUGCUCGUCCUUCCUACACUCCUGCAGUUGUGCUGCUUUUGACAAUAUUAGUGGCAGAAAUGAAAGAAAGAGGGAAAGUCCAUGAAAAAUUUUAUUUAUACAUCAGGCGUUUGCUGUUCCGUUUGACCUGUAAAGAACAAGCUUGGUGUGGCAAAGACUCUUUGAAAAGCCACAGUUUGCAUUGAGAUAAUUUAAAUCAUGCAAGGUUAGCCCCUGCUUCUAGAGUUGCCCAGAGUUGGAGAACAAGAUGUGUCUAUUUAAAUGCAGGAAGACUUUUGAACACAGGACAAGGACUGUUUACUACAUGGAGUCUGCAUUUUCCGUUUGUCCUACAUUCCAGGAAGACCCCCCAUGUGUAUAAGCACUGCCAAGCUGCAAUGUUAUGCAGGGUUUGCCACAGGUCCUAAGGACAUCACCUACAUAAAACGCUUUAAAGGCUAUAACCGUAUAAUCAAAGCAAUGACUGUCUCCUUGUUGCU